UAUUAUUAUGAUUAUGAUUUAGGCCUUUGCAAGUGUGUUCGUAUACAUCAGUGCGUCUGUGUGUCUCGGCCCGCACUGGCGGUGUAAUCAUCGUGGACGUGCCAUCCCAAAAACAAACAAACAAAAUGAUUUGACGUCCGUUCCUGGAGAGAAAAAAACAAACAAACAAAAUCGUUCCAUUGGGGAUAUCCGCGCAAAGACACAGGAGGGCACUUGUUUCUAUUUCCAAACGAAAAGGCGGUGCAAAAAAAAAAAAAACAAAAAAAAAAUGUGAAAAACGAAAUGAACGAAAGUGCAAUCGUUGCUAGCCGAGUGUGACGUCAUUUAAACAUCCAAAAUUAGUGCCAAACACAAAACAAGUGGUGAUACAUAAGGUCGAGAAGAGAAUGAAUCCGGAAGGGGUGUUGCCGCGGGCGACGGAACACGAAACCGUGGCUGCACGCGGAUGGUAUGACAACGUGACAGGUGGUAGCUACCAUCGCUGCGCCACCGACAAAAUAACGAACGGGCAAUCAUCAGACGGCCGAGGAAAACAAACCGGCACUUAAUUGCUCUCUGCUGCACGACACACACACACACACACACAUGGAAAAAAAUAAAAGUCCCUGUGACGUGAUGAUGACUUGCAUCUCGUGCACCGAUGAUUAGCGCCGCGACGUCGACUCCCGCCGGCUCCCGGUGGACGACAUUGAUCCGAGUCAAUCUAACAACAAAAACAACAACAACAGCAAUCAAAAAAGAAGAGGAGCAGGACUCUUCUCUGUGUUUAAUAAACAAGAGUGUAGAUUGCUUGGCCGUCGCCUCAGGGCUUCUCGCCCGCAGGUGAUGAUCCAAACAGAUCCAUCCCCCCAACACGCGUCCCAGUGAAACCCCAUUGGUUGACUUGAGGCCUUUCAAAAAAAAAGAAGGGGAGAUGAUUAAAGUCAACACUUGCUUCGUUUAGUGAAAUUUGUGGGCGUGUCGGUGAAAACAAAAAGUGACACCUUUAUUACCUUAAAUUGAUUUUAGUGCGUGAAAAAAAAAAAAAAAAAAAUGGCGGAUGUGAAGAGGGAAAGUGGAAGGCGGCGGAGCAAUUCGACGUCGAAAUGGUUGGUGCGUUCGUUUUGGUUCGUCGCUUGGACGUUUCUGUGGCUGGCCGUGUUGCGUGUGGUGGGCCAGCAACACGCGACGUCGCCCUCGAACUCUGCCGGAUCGUCGAUCCAGUUGGCGGGCGACAUCAUUUUGGGCGGCCUCUUUCCGGUGCACGUCAAGGGCGAGCGGACGCCUUGCGGAAGCGCCGUCUACAACCGCGGGAUCCAGCGGCUGGAGGCGAUGCUCUUCGCCGUCGACAAGAUCAACCGCGAGGGCCGGCUCUUGCCCGGCAUCCGCCUCGGCGUCAAUGUCGUCGACACGUGCUCGCGCGAUACCUACGCUCUCAAUCGCUCCCUGGAAUUCAUCCGAGCUUCUCUCAACGCCAUGGACCAUUCGAGUAGCGUCAGCGCGGCCACGGCCGGCGCGGCUUCCUUCCAGUGUCGAGACGGAUCGACGCCCAGGGAUCGCCGGCCGCCCAGCCAGCAGACGAAAGGAUUCGGCCCCGUUUUCGGCGUCGUCGGAGGCUCUUACAGUUCCGUCUCCAUUCAGGUGGCCAAUCUCUUGAGACUCUUCCGCAUUCCGCAAAUCUCGCCCGCCUCGACGGCCAAAGUCCUCAGCGACAAGUCGCGAUUCGAAUUUUUCGCCCGAACUGUUCCGCCGGAUGAUUAUCAGGCAAUUACGUUGGUGGAUUUAGUGGAGCGUUUCAAUUGGACGUACGUCUCUACGGUGGCCAGCGAAGGAUCGUACGGAGAGUCGGGCAUCGAGGUGUUUCAUCGCGAAGCGGGCGCGCGCAACAUUUGCAUCGCGCUGGCCGAGCGCGUCUCUUCGACGGCCGACGAACGCGUUUUCGACAACAUCAUCCGCAAUCUCUACAAGAAACCCUUUGCUCGCGCCAUCGUCCUCUUCACACGAGCAGACGACGCCAGGGGACUGUUAGCAGCGGCCAAACGACUGUCGAUUACGUCACAUUUCAUCUGGGUGGCCAGCGACGGAUGGGGACGCCAGCACAAGUUGGUCGAAGGCCUGGAAGAUGUGGCCGAAGGUGCGCUGACCGUCGAUCUCGAGUCGAAGAGCGUCCCGGGAUUCGACGACUACAUGCUGUCGCUGACGCCCGGAAACAACCAGCGCAACCCGUGGUACGGCGACUACUGGCAGGAAGUCCACGGAUGCGUCCUGCCCCACAAUCAACAUCAUCCGCAAUCGACGUCCGCUCACGAUGAUCAGCCGGCCAUCGGCAACGUUUCCGUUUGCCCGGCCGGUUUGAGGCUCACGCAUCUCGGCUACGAACAAGACUCGAAGAUUCAGUUUGUCGUCGACGCCGUCUACGCUUUCGCUCACGCCAUAUCGGCCCUGCAGCGCGACGUCUGCGGCAACGCUGCGACGUCGGCCCCUGGCCGACGCCCAGUCUACGGCGCCUGCCCGCAGCUUUUGAGUUACGACGGCGGCGAUUUCUACACGAAAUAUCUACUCAACGUUUCAUUCUUAGAUCCGGCCGGAAGCGAAGUGAAAUUUGACGCCCGAGGAGAUGGACUGGCUCGCUACACUAUUAUGAAUUAUCGUCGACUUCCCAACGGCGCUAACAACGGCUACGAUUACAAGGAGGUUGGCAAAUGGUACAACGAGCUGGAAAUGGAUCCGGCUGACGUCGUCUGGACCCGCAAACAAUCGGCAAUCCCAUCCAGCGUCUGUUCUCAACCGUGCGGCGUCGGUGAAGUGAAAAUCACUCAGCAGGGCGAUACGUGCUGUUGGAGCUGCGAUCGGUGCGACCCGUGGGAAUACGUCGAGAACGAGUUCAAGUGCGCCGACUGCGGUCCGGGACGUUGGCCUUACGACGACAAAAGAGGCUGUUUCGACCUGGAAAUGCAGUACAUGAGAUGGGACUCGCUUUUAGCCAUCGUUCCCAUCUGCGUCUCGUGCUGUGGCAUCCUCCUCACUGUCACGGUCAUUUCGAUUUUCGUCAGGCACAGCGAGACACCCAUCGUCAAGGCAUCCGGAAGGGAGUUGAGCUUUGUGCUGCUGGGCGGCAUCCUGCUCUGCUACUUCAACACGUUCACCCUCCUGGCCAAGCCCAUGAUAUUCACGUGCGCCAUCCAGCGGCUCUGCGUCGGCACCGGAUUCUCCAUCGUCUACGGAGCCCUCUUUACCAAAACCAACCGGAUAUCGCGCAUCUUUGACUCGGCUUCACGCUCAGCCAAGCGGCCAAGUUUCAUCAGCCCAAAAUCUCAAAUGGUCAUUACUUCGUGCAUCAUUUCAUUUCAGCUUUUGGGCACGGUCCUCUGGAUGUGGAUGGAGCCGCCGGGUACGAGGGCCGCCUACCCGCAACGAGACCAAACCAUCCUCAAGUGCCGAAUGGAGGACUCUUCCUUCUUGCUCAGCCAAGUCUUCAACGUCCUCCUCAUCGCCGUCUGCACCGUCUACGCCGUCAAGACGCGCAAAAUCCCCGAAAAUUUCAACGAAUCCAAAUUCAUCGGAUUCACCAUGUACACGACUUGCAUCAUCUGGCUGGCGUUCCUGCCCAUUUACUUCGGGACGGCCAACACGAACGAGAUUCAAAUAACGACCAUGUGUCUGACGAUCAGUCUCAGCGCCACGGUGGCUCUCGUCUGUCUCUACGUGCCCAAAGUCUACAUCAUCGUGUUCCAUCCGGAUAAAAACGUCCGGAAACUCACCAUGACUGCCACCUAUCGGAAAGCGCCCACCCGACAGGGUACCGCAACCAGCUCUCCGCCGGCCAAUAAUUCCAAUCAUAAAUUACCCAAUCAUCAUUCGGCCGUAGGAUAUUGUUGCGAUUGCGGACAGGAAUUCUCAACUGGCGGCGAAAAAGUGCAGCUGCAACAAACUGUCGUAACGCAACAAAACCAGCAGAAGCAAUCCAUCUCUGCAGUGGCUCGAGUCAUUGUGGCUCCUGUGGAUCAGGAGAAUUCAUCAUUGUGCAAUGAAUCAGCCGAAGAGACGGCCGACGACACGAGCAAGAACAACACGCCCGCAAUCAACCGGAGGCAGCACGUCGUUCACGUUGGACUGUCUUCCGAUGGCCUCAUGCUGGACGACCACGAGAACGUGACACUCCUCUGAAAA